AGCUGCCCUGGCUAAGUCCCAGUCAGCCCCAAGCAACCAGGACAGAAACUGGACAGGCUCCUUUUCACAGUUCUGCUCUUGGGGCACUAUGCCCUCUGGCUCUAAUAGGCCUGGGGCUGGGGGAGGGGUAAACUUCCCUGGCCCAGACUCUCCAUACUCCCUGGGCUGCCCGAGGUGAAGGUGACAGGUGGGGGAGGCAGGUGGAGAAUUGGGCCAGUGAGCUCAUGGCGAAGGCGCUUAGUGGGUGGGGUGGAUGUUCUGUCUAUAAAGCCCCUCGCUGCCCUGUGGCCUGCAGAAGCAGUCAUGGACAGCACCAUGGAGGGCUCUGAGGCAGUGCAGAGGGCCACAGCACUCAUUGAGCAGCGGCUGGCACAGGAGGAGGAGAGUCAGAAACUCCAAGGUUCCACCCGCGGGAAGCUGCCCAUGGACUUGCUGGUGCUAGAGGAUGAGAAACACCUGGGGGCGCAGAGUCCUGCUUUACAAAAGGUGAAGGGCCAGGAGCGUGUGCGCAAGACAUCCCUGGACCUUCGGCGUGAGAUCAUUGAUGUGGGUGGGAUCCAGAACCUCAUUGAACUAAGGAAAAAACGCAAGCAGAAGAAACGGGAAGCUCUGGCCGCCUCCCAGGAACCUCCUCCAGAACCUGAGGAGAUAACAGGCCCUGUGGAUGAGGAGACAUUUCUGAAAGCUGCAGUAGAGGGGAAAAUGAAGCUCAUUGAGAAGUUCCUGGCUGAUGGGGGUUCAGCUGACACCUGCGAUGAGUUCCGUAGGACAGCCCUGCACCGAGCCUCCCUGGAGGGCCAUAUGGAGAUCUUGGAGAAGCUUCUGGAGAGUGGGGCUACUGUGGAUUUUCAAGACCGGUUGGACUGCACCGCCAUGCACUGGGCCUGCCGUGGAGGCCAUUUGGAGGUCGUGAAACUCCUGCAAAGCCGAGGGGCAGACACCAAUGUGAGAGAUAAGCUGCUGAGCACUCCCCUGCAUGUGGCCGUCCGUACUGGACAUGUGGAGAUUGUGGAGCACUUUCUAUCCCUGGGCUUGGACAUCAAUGCCAAAGACAGAGAAGGAGACAGUGCCCUGCACGAUGCUGUAAGGCUCAACCGCUACAAAAUCAUCAAGCUGCUGCUUCUGCAUGGGGCUGACAUGAUGACCAAGAACCUGGCAGGAAAGACCCCCACAGACCUGGUGCAGUUGUGGCAGUCUGACACCCGGCAUGCUCUGGAGCAUCCUGAGCCAGAGUCAGAGCAGAAUGGAUUUGAGGGACCUGCGAGUGGACGAGAGACUCCCCAGCCUGUACCAGCUCAGUAAAUGCCUGUCCUAACCCCUUCAUCCUCUGGGUGCAGCCAGAUGGUCCUAGAGUGAUCC